AUGCGGGGCCCCGGCACUGCGGCUUCGCACCCGCCCCUGGGCCUGUGCGCCCUGGUGCUGGCGCUUCUGGGCGCGCUGCCCGCGGGCACCCGGGCUCAGCCGUACCACGGCGAGAAGGGCAUCUCGGUCCCGGACCACGGCUUCUGCCAGCCCAUCUCCAUCCCGUUGUGCACGGAUAUCGCCUACAACCAGACCAUCCUGCCCAACCUGCUGGGCCACACGAACCAAGAGGACGCGGGCCUCGAGGUGCACCAGUUCUACCCGCUGGUGAAGGUGCAGUGUUCUCCCGAGCUGCGCUUCUUUUUGUGCUCCAUGUACGCGCCCGUGUGCACCGUGCUCGACCAAGCCAUUCCUCCGUGCCGCUCCCUGUGCGAGCGCGCCCGCCAGGGCUGCGAGGCUCUCAUGAACAAGUUCGGCUUCCAGUGGCCUGAGCGACUGCGCUGCGAGAACUUCCCGGUGCACGGCGCCGGCGAGAUCUGCGUGGGCCAGAACACGUCCGACGGCUCCGGGGGCGCGGGCGGCAGCCCCACCGCCUACCCUACGGCUCCCUACCUGCCAGACCCGCCUUUCACGGCCAUGGCCCCCUCAGAUGGCAGAGGCCGGUGGUCUUUCCCCUUCUCGUGCCCGCGCCAGCUCAAAGUGCCCCCCUACCUGGGCUACCGCUUCCUAGGUGAGCGCGACUGCGGUGCCCCGUGUGAGCCGGGCCGCGCUAACGGCCUCAUGUACUUUAAAGAAGAGGAGAGGCGUUUCGCCCGCCUCUGGGUGGGUGUGUGGUCGGUGCUGUGCUGCGCCUCGACGCUCUUCACGGUGCUCACCUACCUGGUGGACAUGCGGCGCUUCAGCUACCCAGAGCGACCCAUCAUCUUCCUGUCGGGCUGCUACUUCAUGGUGGCCGUAGCGCACGUGGCGGGCUUCCUGCUGGAGGACCGUGCCGUGUGCGUGGAGCGCUUCUCGGACGAUGGCUACCGCACGGUGGCGCAGGGCACCAAGAAGGAGGGCUGCACCAUCCUCUUCAUGGUGCUUUACUUCUUCGGCAUGGCCAGCUCCAUCUGGUGGGUCAUUCUGUCCCUCACUUGGUUCCUGGCGGCUGGCAUGAAGUGGGGCCACGAGGCCAUCGAGGCCAACUCGCAGUACUUUCACCUGGCCGCGUGGGCUGUGCCGGCGGUCAAGACAAUCACCAUCUUGGCCAUGGGCCAGGUGGACGGGGACCUGCUGAGUGGCGUGUGCUACGUGGGCCUGUCUAGUGUGGAUGCGCUGCGGGGCUUCGUGCUGGCGCCCCUGUUCGUCUACCUCUUCAUCGGCACGUCCUUCCUGCUGGCCGGCUUUGUGUCUCUCUUUCGCAUCCGCACCAUCAUGAAGCAUGACGGCACCAAGACGGAGAAGCUGGAGAAGCUCAUGGUGCGCAUCGGCGUCUUCAGCGUGCUCUACACCGUGCCGGCCACCAUCGUGCUGGCCUGCUACUUCUACGAGCAGGCCUUCCGCGAGCACUGGGAGCGCACCUGGCUCCUGCAGACCUGCAAGAGCUACGCGGUGCCCUGCCCUCCGGGCCACUUCCCGCCCAUGAGCCCGGACUUCACCGUCUUCAUGAUCAAGUACCUGAUGACCAUGAUCGUGGGCAUCACGACCGGCUUCUGGAUCUGGUCGGGCAAGACCCUGCAGUCAUGGCGUCGCUUCUACCAUAGACUAAGCCACAGCAGUAAGGGGGAGACUGCGGUAUGAACCCCGGUCCUUCCCCGACCCUUGCCACUUCCUACCCCCUUGGAGGAGGAGAGGCGUGGUAGGGAAAAAAACUGCUGGGCGGGGACUUGUUUCUGUAGGCUACCCCCUCCUCCACUGAGCUUUAACAUGGAAGUGAGAAGUUAUUUGGAGGUGAGAAGAGAUUUGGGGUGAGAGGCGGUUUUGAGAGGGGGCCUGAGUGAAAAGUCAGAAGGCAGUGUGGAUGAAAAAGACUUCUGGUUAAGACUUGCGGGAUGAUGCUAACUGUGAAAGAUAGGGGCCGGCCAGGGCCUUCAGGGAGAGGUUGAGGUCAGCCGAGACUGGUGAGUUCUUCCCGGCGCCAGGGCUGAGUCCAGUCCCUGCUGCAAGACCAGUGGCUGUCCUCACUCGAGUGAGGCCGGGGGAGGGGGGAGAUAGCGCUCCGUCUGCUGCCUGGGCUUUGUUGGGAAGAUGGGGGCCCCCUGUGGUGCCCUUGUCAAGC